AUGGCAGUAGUACAAGUUUCUGGUAUGAUAAUUGGCAUCCUAUUGACCCAUUAUACCAAAAAUUUUCAAUUCAGCUGUUGCCUGCUUUUGGAUUUACCAUGCAAGAGUCGGUUGCUAAAUGCUAAGCGUAUUGACUCUGCACAGUGGAAAUGGCCGGUGGGAAGGAGAAUCAAUUCAGAACUCAGGAAAUUAAUGCUAGCCACUCCUGAAUAUUUUCUUCCUUUGCCUGAGCAUGAGGACCACCAGAUUAGUUGCACUGCCAAUGCUUCUGACAUUUUUACAGUGAAAUCUGUUAUGGAAAAACUGAAAGAAUCAGGACCUAAGGUGCAAUGGUACAAUAUGGUGUGGGGAAAUGGAAACAUUCCACGCUUUCCCUCUAUUCUUUGGCUAUUGUGCAAGCAUAGGCUUAAGACUAAGGAUAGGUUGAAGCAAUGGGGGGAUUCAGUUGACUCUGAUCAAUGUGUACUUUGUAAUCAGGAUGCUGCAAGUAUCGAUCAUUUACUUUUUAUCUGUAGUCACUCAAGCUAUUUGGCAAAAAGUGCAGCAAAUGUGCCUUACAGCGGUGCUUACGCUUGGGAUGAAGAAUUGCCUAUAUCAAUAAAAUAG